AUGGCAUAUUCUCAGAACCCCGCCAUCAUCUUUCAAAACACUGAUGAGACAGUCUAUCUCAUUGACACUCCUGAAUCGAUUGCCCAUGCACAAGUAUUGCAGACCACGGUAUCAAACCAAGAAUGUGUACCAACCGGGAAGACCUCUAAGAGGUCUCUUAUCUCUACUGUGCCUCUGAUGACGCCGUACUCAUCUCGAACAGAGCCGAAGAAAGACUCUGCGCGUGCUAAAAUUCUAUCUAGAAUUUCACCGAGCGAUCAGCGAUUUCACGGUGAAUUUAUCCAGCCGCUUGUGGCGAGCGCGUUAGAUGAGUUAAGGGACCGAUUUUUGCCAUCUGAUGCGAGAUGGUGUGUUCCUAGAACUAUCCAAAAUGAGACAGUGCAUGGAAAAGAACUGUCGCAUAGCUUUAAUCCAUCCAUCAAGAAGCGGAAACUCGAAAAUCCGCAGAAUGUGCAUUCUCCAUUGCAUCAGGUGGAUAACACAAGCCCUAUUUCUUUGACUGGACCUCCCACAAUCCUAUCCUCGAGUUCUGUCAAUAUCUUUAGCUUGACAUCAGAAUUGGAAGGCCUGGUGAAAAAUCCAUCCUCAGAGGAGGCGAUACUAUCAAUCAGUACCAUCGGACAUGAUGGGAAGCGCUCUUCCUCAGAAUACCUUAUCCCACCUCAGUCUGCUUUUGUGCUCUGCACCCUCCCCUUGUCACAGCCAGACCCCCUUGAGACACCGAUCCCUGGAAUACCUGGAAGUCAGCGUUUUAAUUUGAUCCUUUUCGACCCACCCUGGCCAAAUCGCUCUGUUCAUCGCAGCAAGGAAUAUCAAACGCAUUCGUAUGACGAAAUGAAUGUUUUGAGCCAACGGCUUCAUGAUAUUUUACGUGUUCACGCUUACGAUCCUUCGCCUGAUGAUUUUCCCAAAUCAGCUACGCAGGUCUCGAGUCAAGAAAGUUUUGCAGCUAUCUGGAUCACCAAUUCCGAGAAAGCCCGCAAAGUAGCCUAUGAAUCCUUACUGGCUUCUGGAUUUCGCAUCCACGAGGAAUGGAUCUGGAUCAAGAUCACCGCUGAUGGACAGACGGUGUAUCCAUUGGACGGGCUCUGGCGAAAGCCAUACGAGAUUCUUGUUAUUGGGCGGAAAGACACGUCUCCAGUGGUAUUGGAUGCAGGGCGUACGAUAUCGCAGGAAAAUGAUCUACUCGGUGUCGAUCCAAGCACGAUUACGAGAAGAGUGAUUGCAGCUGUUCCAGAUCUUCAUUCGCGAAAACCAAAUCUGAAAUCGGUAUUUGAGCGGGUAUUGUUUGGAUCUACGUUGUCAACUCGCAAGUCUUAUUCGGCGCUCGAAGUAUUUGCUCGGAGUUUAACUUCCGAAUGGUGGGCAUGUGGGAAUGAGGUUGUGAAGUUCAAUUCCCGGGACUGCUGGUUCGAUCACGAUUCGACCUGA